AUGCCUCUCACAGUUAAAUCUCAACCAACCCAACCCAUUCCGGGACAAAAGAUGGGUACUUCUGGCCUCCGAGUGAAGGUUAAGCUUGUCGAGAACACCCCUCACUUUCUCGAGAAUUUCACUCAAGCUGUACUCAAUAUCAUUCUCGCAAAGGAUUCUCUUCCAUCGAAUGCGACUACCGAUUAUUUACAAAUGGUCAUUGGAGGAGAUGGUCGUUAUUACAACAAGACAGCCAUUCAAACCAUUCUCAGAAUCUUGUAUUCGAAUGCUGUCCGUCUCGGAAUUAAAAUCCAUGCAGUGAUUGGACAGAAUGGUAUCAUGUCAACUCCAGCUGUGUCAUGUCUCAUCCGAAAGAGAAAGGCAGAAUUGGGAGGAUUGAUUUUGACUGCUUCACACAAUCCUGGAGGUCCUAAUAAUGAUUGGGGCAUCAAGUACAAUGGUGUCAAUGGAGGUCCAGCACCAGAGAAGAUCACUGAUCGAAUUUAUGAACAAUCGACAACCAUUUCCGAAUACUUUACUUGUGAUGAAUUUCCACAGAUUGAUUUGUCUCAAGCAGAGAAUGGAAAGGGAUCUGUGGAUUUUGUAUUUUCUGAUGAACAUUUCCGUGUCAGUGUUGUUGAUUCUGUGAAUGAUUACUAUGAAUUGUUAAGCUCAAUAUUUGACAUGGAAAAAAUUAGAAAGUUAAUCGGAAAACAAUAUGGUGAAUUUAAUUUAUUAUUUGAUGCCAUGCAUGGUGUGACAGGAUCAUAUGCCAAACGAAUUUUACAUGAGAAAUUGGGAGCAGAUUUACACAAUGCUCUCAUGAAUUACGUUCCAAGUGAAGAUUUCGGAGGUGGCCAUCCAGAUCCAAACCUUACCUAUGCUGAACAAUUAGUCAAGAGAGUAUUAAAAGAUGAGAAGAGUAAUAUUGACUUUGGAGCUGCUUCCGAUGGAGAUGGAGAUCGUAACAUGGUCUUGGGAAAACAUUUCUUUGUGACACCUUCAGAUUCAGUCGCGAUCAUUGCAGAUUAUGCUCAGAAAUGUAUUCCAUAUUUCCAAAAGAAGGGAAUUGCUGGAUUGGCUCGAUCCAUGCCAACAAGUACUGCUCUGGAUCGAGUUGCCAAAGAAUUGGGUGUUUCCAUGUAUGAAGUUCCAACUGGAUGGAAAUAUUUUGGUAAUUUAUUUGAUGCUGGAAAAUUAUCUAUUUGUGGAGAAGAAUCAUUUGGAACAGGAAGUGAUCAUAUUAGAGAAAAAGAUGGAAUGUGGGCUGUAUUGAGCUGGCUUUCAAUUUUAGCUUUUGAAAAUGAACAAGCUGUUUCUCAAAAUAGAAAAGUUUCUGUGGCCGACAUUGUGAAAAAUCAUUGGAAGAAGUACGGUAGAAGUUACUACACCAGAUAUGACUAUGAAGAAGUGAGCGCUGAUGGAGCCAACAAAAUGAUGUCUCACAUGAGAGACACUUAUAUUGUUCCAUUCCAAAAUAAUCAAUUAUCUGAGGAAGCCAAGAAAUUGUUCCAAACUCUCAAUAUUGCAUCAUGUGAAGAGUUUUCCUACAAGGACCCAAUCGAUCAUAGUUUUACAGGAAAGCAAGGAAUGAUUUUCAAAUUGGUCGAUCAAAGUAGAAUUGUUUUCAGAUUAUCUGGAACUGGAAGUGCAGGAGCUACUAUCAGAGUGUACAUGGAGAAGUACAGUGCCGACCAUUUGGAUGGAAACCCAUUGGACGAAGUGAAGCCACUUGCUCAUGUAGCCCUUACUGUCAGCAAGUUAAAUGAAUUUACUGGAAGAAACGAGCCAACAGUUAUUACUUAA